UCUUUGGCUCUACUGAAUGCAGGCCAAACUUUAUCAGCAAACGAAUUGCAAAAUCUAAGAUUUUAUGUACCAGACGGAUUUAUCGUCACCGUCAGUUCAUUCAAUUUACAAAUGAGACGCAAUUCAGAUCUGUACGAAACCGUUCAGAGAAUAAGAAAAGUCGCAUACGGGAUAGAGCCAGGAAACUUGAAAGAAAGCUGUGACGAAGCUGUUCAAAAACUAAAAAAAUCAAUUCUUGAAAAGGAACUGGUGGCUGCGAUAUCCGAACAGUUUACAGCCUUGAUUGACCGAGAAGAAAAUCCAGCGAAUUUGAAAUUUGCUGUUCGAUCGUCUGGAGUUGGAGAAGAUAGCGAUGAUGCGUCGUCCGCUGGGCAAAAUGAAACGUUCUUAGGACUUCGGAAUUUAGACGAAAUUCUGGAAAGUGUCAAACUAUGCUGGGCAUCGUUAUUCACUUAUCAAAGUGUUGAGUAUCGCCGCCAGCACGUACAACCAAUCGACACCCAAAUGUCGGUUGUCGUUCAAAUUAUGGUUCAUUCCGAUUGUGCUGGAGUUCUUUUCACUCAGCAUCCGGUUAGUGGGGAUCCCAGUAAAAUUCUGAUCACUGCGAAUUUUGGACUGGGCGAAUCGGUUGUUUCAGGACGGGUUGAUCCAGAUUCGUAUAUCGUUGAACGAAUGUCCAACGGAGAGCUCAGCAUCAUUAGUAGACAGAUUGGUAAUAAAACGCAUUUUCUGCACAUGAAUUUUGAUGAUGGGGAAAAUGUCUUGGAGAAGAAAGUCAGUGCCGCUGAUCAAUCCCGAUGUUGUCUAAGGGAUGACCAAGUACUAAAUUUGUCGAAAAUUGGCGUAUUGCUUGAACAUUUGUAUGGAAAUGCUAGAGACGUUGAGUGGGCUGUUUAUCAGGUAGUUUCUCUUACAGACAAAGUUCAUUUUCUAGUUGCGCAAUGGCUAAAUUUUCCCGUUAGAAUAAGAUUUAUCUUCUACAAUCACGACCGAUUACAACGUUAAAUGCCCUUUCCAAUUGGGAAUUGUUACAUGAAUUUGACUCACCCGUAAUGAGCAAGGACGACCUGAGUACAUUUGCCGUUUUAGGAGAACUCAUUCCUGAUACCGCGUCUCCAUUAACUUUAUCCACAAUCAUAGCCGAAAUGGAGCGACGGCAAGAGGAGACAAUGUUCUUCAAAUCAGAUAUUUACCAGGGACGAUUCACCAAUUCUUUUAUCAUCACUCAACAUCGCGUAGCAAUAAAUGUG